AUGAAAUUGGAGAGAAAGGUUGAGGAAACAAUCUAGAUAUAGCUCCUACAAUAAUUAUAAGAUUUGAAAGAGUUGAGUAGUAAGCAAGUGAUUAUAUCAUUAAAGAGAGAAAAUAGAAAGAGAAGAAGUGGAGGAAAUUUUUGAGAUAUAUAUCUAGAGGCUUUGAAGAAGAAAAGAACAGAAGAGAUUUUUAUAUAUUGAGAAGGCAAUGA